UAUUUAGAAAAUUCAUAUGAAUGUGACUUUAAGAUUAAGUUCAAUAUUUCAUAUUAUAUAAAUAAUUUUAAUUUUAUUUUUAAUUUAUUAAACGAUUUAUACUAUAUAUGUAUUAUUGUAUCAUAAAAUUUUUAAACAAAAUAUUAUAAUUCUUUUUUUAAAAGUUUUAUACUGUAUCUGAAAUGUAUAGAAUAAAUCAUUCAGUUUAUAAAAAGCUUAAAUGAAUUGAAACUGAAUUGGCUUUUGUGAGCAAUUUCAAGCAAGUAUCGGAAUUUAUUGAAAACUUCUUAUAUGGGCAACGGAAAUUUGGAAUCUUAUUAUUAUUUUACAAUAUUGUCAUGUUAUUAAUAAGAAUAUCUAUCUAUCACUUAUUACAAUUUUUUUGAAUAUGUAUUAUAUUCAAUUGCAUGUACUGCGACAUUUGCAGACUUAAUAUUAUUUGUCAAUUUUCUAUUGAAGUAUGGCUGUACGUCGUGGAAAAAGAAAUUUGAAAUUGCAGGUUUCUGAAGAAACACCUGCACCUGUUACACCACCAAGAAAUUUGGAUAAAAGAACUACAAUAACUAUAGGUGAUAAAACAUUUGUAGUAGAAGCAGAUGAUUUAGAAACAAUCUGUAUUCUUGGACGUGGAGCAUAUGGUAUUGUUGAUAAAGUACGACAUAAACAAAGUGGUACUAUUAUGGCAGUUAAGAGAAUAACUGCCACAGUUAAUACACAGGAACAAAAGCGUUUACUUAUGGAUUUAGAUAUUUCUAUGCGUAGUUCAGCAUGCCAAUAUACAGUACAAUUUUAUGGAGCAUUAUUUAGAGAAGGAGAUGUUUGGAUAUGUAUGGAAGUCAUGGAUAUGAGUUUGGAUAAAUUUUAUAUGAAAGUGUAUAAACAUGGACAUGCCAUUCCUGAAGAUAUUUUAGGAAAAAUUGCCUUUGCAGUAGUAAGUGCAUUACAUUACCUGUAUUCACAGUUACGAGUAAUUCAUAGAGAUGUAAAACCUAGUAAUAUUUUAAUUAAUCGAAAAGGAGAAGUUAAGAUUUGUGACUUUGGUAUUUCUGGAUAUCUUGUAGAUUCUGUUGCCAAAACUAUUGAUGCUGGUUGUAAACCAUAUAUGGCUCCAGAAAGGAUAGACCCAUUGGGUAACCCUUCACAAUAUGACAUCAGAUCUGAUGUUUGGUCAUUAGGUAUAUCUCUUGUUGAAUUAGCAACAGGAAAAUUUCCUUAUGAAUCUUGGGGUACACCUUUUGAACAAUUAAAACAAGUUGUAAAGGAUGAAGCACCCAAAUUACCAACUGGUAAAUUUUCGGCUAGUUUUGAAGAAUUUAUCAAUAAAUGUUUAAUGAAAGAUUAUAUUGCCCGUCCAAAUUAUAAUCAAUUAUUGAAACUUGAUUUUAUCACAGAACAUGCCAAUAAGGAAACAAAUGUUGCUGAAUUUGUUGAACAUAUUUUAGAUAUUCCUGAAGCUGAAUAAUCAGCAUAGUAUAUAAAUAUUUUUAUUAUAAUAUGUUACAUAAUCUUUAAUGUAACUUCAUAAUGUAUCAAAAUUAUUUAAUCAAUUCUCUAUAUCUAUUUCCAUCAAUCAUUUAUUAUUCAUUAAUGCACUAUAAUUUGAAAUAUAUUAUAAAACAGAAUGUGUAACUUUUGUUUAAAAAAUUAUUUCUUCAAAAGUUCACUUUUUUGUUUAUUUAAUAUGCGAUUUAUAUAUAAUUUUCAUAAUAAUCUUUUUGUAUUAAAAUUUUUUAAAACAGGAAAAAAUUCAAAUUCAUGUAAAUAACUACAUAUAAAAUCUAAAUUAUGCAGAUUUACUUAAUAAAUAUAAUUGAAAUAAUAAUGAAUUAACAAUAUUUUAAAAUAAUGAUAUUAAUAUAUAUUAUAUAAUUUAAAAAAUAAUCAUUUAUAAGAGAAUGUUAUGUACAAAUGUUAUGUAGCGUUUUAAAAGAAUAAGAAACAAAAUUAAUUACAUUUGUUUAUUUAUACAGCAAUUAGUAGUAGAUAUAGUUAAUUACAUUACAUAAUAUAAACUAUAGAUUAGCAUUAAAAAAAAACUUUAUUAUAUUCCAUAAUAUUUUUAAAUAUUUUUUUACUUAUUUUAUAUGUAAUAGCAAAAUAAAAUAAGUAAGAAAUUAAUUAAAUGAUUGUUUUAUUAAAUAAAAUAUUUGACAAUAAAUUUAUAAAGAUUUAAGCUUCAAUUAUAUUGAGAAAUUUUGGGAAAUGUAUUACAUUCUGAAGGAUGUAUAUCUUAUUUGUAAAGCAUUAUUAGUUCAUAUGUAAAGAAUAUAAAUUAUAUAAAAUUUUUAUUCUUUUGUGAAUAUACAUAUAUACUUUAUAUUUUAGAAUAUUUUAGAAUAUUUUAGAAUAUUUUAUAUAAAAUGUUACAAAUCGUUUUUUCUAAAACUUUCAUAAAUAUUGAUGUAAUUUUUUUUUAAAUUUUAAAAAAGACUUUGGAAGAUAAAACAAUUGAUAUAUUAAUUUUUGUUAUUUAUUUAUCAACUCUAAUAAUAAUCAUAUUAAGAUUUGUAGUUUUAGAAAUCAUUUUUUAUGUGAAAUAUUCGAAACAAGUAUACAUAUAGUAAACAAUGUAUACACUACAAGUGUAUAUACUAUACACUAAUAAUAUUAUAAUAAUACACUAUAAUUAUUUUUCAUUUUAAGAUUUUUAAUCUUUUUAAUAUUUUAAAUUAUUUUUCCUAAAUUUUUAAUUAUUUAAUAUAAUUAUAUAAAAUGAUUACAUAGUUAUAUAUAUAGAUUUUUUUUGUAUUUGAAUAUUUUUUCUUAACUAAUAAAUUUGUAAAAAAAAUGGCAAAGUUCUAUUUUUUGCACAUAAGAUUUUAUAUAUAGAUUAAACAAUAUAUUAUUUAUUUGUUAAUUUUGAAUUUUUAAGUGAAAUUAUAUAUUAUAUAUUAUUAUAUAAAGCGUUUUUUUAUAAAAAAAAUAUUAAAUUAUUUAUAGCAAGGAAUUAUAAGUUCAUAAAUAUUUUAAUUUUAAUUUUAUAAAAUUUAAUAUAUAAAAAAUAAGAGAAAAACAAAGAUAUUAUGUUUAUUUUUACAAAAUUAAAGUUAAAAUAUCUUCUAAAUAAGUAAUAAUGUCUUGCUAUAAAUAACUUUAAAAUAUAAAAAAAUAUACAACAAUUAUUCAUAAUAUAUGCUUCUUCAACUUAUUCAACUUUUAUUUAAAAUUUUUAUAAAAGAAUAAUACAGAAGAAUAAAACAAUAAAAGAGUUUUUAAAAAUAUUGAUUUUAAUGGAACAUCCUAUAGUAUAUAAUAUAUAAUUAUAUAAUUGUUUUAUAUUUCUUAUAAUGAUAUAUAAUAAUGCUCAUAUAUUGUUAAUCAUUAUAUAAUAAAUAAAUAAAUAAUUCAAGGAAAUAAGAUAAAACAAAUAUUUUGCUUAUUUUAAUAUUUUUUAUAUGGAAAUAAUAAAAUAUAUAUGCACAUGUACAAUAAGACAAAUACAUUAAUAAUUUCUAUUUUUUUUUUUUUUUUUUUUUUUUUUAAUUCCUACAUUUUAAUUUCUAAGAAAUUGAUGGCAUUACAUUCAUUCCUUUACAUUCAACAGCAAUUUUUACACCUAA